UCUACUCGCACUAUUGUUGGAUGUUGGAUGGUAGUGCGGACUUUCAAACGCUUACGUCUCACAGUGAAUGAGUGGGGAUCUUAUUCCCGAUGUCUUUUGUAACAUUGAUGAUGCGUGGAUUUAUGCAAUCUCCAGGUCCAAUAGUGCAGUUAAAACAUAUGAAAGACGUCUCCGUAAAUCCCAACUUAUGGUCGCUAAAGUCACAGACCUAUUGGAAGAAAGAUUUAAAACAAUUGUUUCACUUAACCACAAUGUCAAUAACACAAAGAAUACAAAAAAUGCUGAAAAUGAAGGUCCAGGUCAUAAAUGCUGUUUGCCGAAGAUUCCUCCUGCAGAAGCCGACACGAGGUUUUGUGGAUUUGUUAGAAAGUCGAGUGAAAAUUUGUUCAGUGUGAUAAUCAACAACAUAAUUAGUGUUCGAGUUGAAGUGACUAAUUUGCGCUCUAAAAGUGAAAAUCCUACUUCGGAUUCAUGGGAUAGUUUAGUAAAUAAAGUAGAAGAAAUUGAAACUCAAGCCUUAACUCUGAUGACGUCCCCAUCACCGAUUUUUGAUGACUGCCGUGGAACAAUGGAUUAUCAAAUGGAAUUGGUUAUGAAACGAUUAGAAUCUCAAGCUGAGGAAUGUCUUCAAGCAUGCAAAACUCUUGUUUCGACAGGUCUGUCAAGAUUAAAGCAUCCAUCGCCACUACCAGCAAUAAAUGUAACUUCGGGGCUGUCAGUAUCUGGAAAUGAAUUGAUGUUCCCAACGUUUCAUGAAGCCCGCUCACUUCUCGAAAAUUACACGAAUAUACUUUAUCCAUCGUUAUGGGAUUCAAGAUUUAAAAAGGAUGCUUUAAAAAUUAAACAAGAUAUAACUUGUGCUUGUGGUCAGAUCAGCUCGCACGAUCCAGUUCAUUGCAUUGGUAGAUUGGAAUGUCUCUUGAAAGUGUUAAAUUAUACCGCAACCAACAGCGAUUCAAAAGAAAUGGGACUUGGCAGCUUAAAAAAUAAUCAGUUGAUCAAUAAUUUUGCGUGGCAGUGCCUCUAUUCAUCAACUAUUUCCCAAGCUGAAAGGCAGUUUGCAUACAACAUUGACAUUACUUUAGUCUACGCAUCAUUGCUUUCUGGCAUUUUCGCGCUAUUUCCAGAUAAACUGUACGGAUUUUUUGGUCGAAUAUUCCUAGCUUGUCCAGCUCUUGGAUUGUUCUGUGAUCCAAGUGGAUUACACCUGAUGGAUGAAAUGUUUUCGGAUAUGGAUGUAAUGAAUAAUUGGCGUGGGAUAGUCCGAUUGUUUGCUGCUCUAGCACUAGCACAUCCACCUCCACAUCUUAACGUUAAACGGCAUAAACUUUUGAAUCCUUCACUUCUAUGGCGAGUUAUCAGUGGAAUAAUCAAUCAAGAAUUUAUUCCUUGUGCAACUGCAGAAGUUCUACAAGGAAUUCUUGAAAUUGGAGGUACAGUGUUUAUGAAUCUCUAUGGUAAUCAGGCUUCCCGUCUUAUCAACACCAUCAGAAUGAUUAUCAAUAAAUCUCCUAUUUUACGUCAGUCAUUACCAGAGAUACAGUUAUUGUCACUUCUAGAGAAAUAUGAAAACAUUGACGAAAUUCAUGAAAAGAUUGGUUUUAUUGAUGAGAGUUUUUGGAAACCUUCAUAACUGUUGUCUAAUGCACUUUUAAAAUUUUUAUUAUGAACUUGAGAUUUGUAAAUACUUAUUUUUUUAAAAAGUACAUGUAACAUUUUGUUCUACAUAAUUUUUAAAACUCACUAUACCUCGUUAAUAUUUUCUUGACUUGUUGAAAGUGUGGAAAUCUUCCAUCUGUAAAUGCAGUAAGAUAACACUAGUAUCCUUGAGAUGGUUGGCAUUAAAAUUUAAAACACCUUUUCUCCAACUCAAAACUUGUCAUAUGAACGUUUCUUUUGAUGCCUAUUGUCCUGUGGACAAAGCAUAUAGGUCCGAUUCAAAAAACUAAUUUACUAC